AUGUCUCCGGUUAGUGUUGAUCAUGUUAUGAUAGUCGGAGCGGGUAUUGCUGGGCUCGCACUCGCACAGGCCUUGCUCAAGAAAGGAAUUGACUUUACCAUCUACGAGCGAGACCCCACUUGGAAUUAUCGACCACAAGGAUAUAGAAUUAAGAUAUUUCCUGAUACGAUUGUGCACUUGAAAGAUACCAUGAGUCUCGAGUUAUGGAAGGAAUUCGAGAACUGCUGUGCUGUGACAGUGAUGGGAGAAAGCACGAUCAAUGCACUUUCCGCGACUUUGAUCUCAAGCAGAGCCCUUCGUGGCAUUCGUCCAUACACCGUUGACAGGUCUGUACUUCGAAAAGUGCUAGUGAAGGGGCUUGAAGACAAAAUUCAAUUUGGCAAGAAGUUCAGCAAAUACACCAUCAACCCUGACUCCGUCACAAUCACCUUUGAAGACGGCACAGAAUCGUCUGGGACCUUGCUGGUGGGCGCUGAUGGCGGCCGUUCCCAGAUCAGACAGAUUUUCCUACCAGACUUCAAGACUGUGGACCCAGAAGGUAUUUGCAUAUUUGGAAAAACUCCCAUCACGGAUGAGUUAAAGAAGCGAAUCCUCCCAAAAGCGCUUCAGUGGUUUGUCGUUGUCCGAGACACUGCACCAGUGAUCCAACAGGUCAUCUGGGGAAGCGAAUUACCAGUCAGCAUGUUCGUCGAAAAGAUGUCAUUCCCGAACCGGAGCUUGACAGAGAUGGAGCUUCCAGAAGAUUAUCUCUACUGGUCGAUGCUACUACCGACCAAACUCCUAGGCAUGACUGAGGAUGCGGUCACAGCUUCAAUAAAUCGACCAUCGACCGAGAUAGGCCUUGAUAUUACUUGUGAGUGGGACCCCUCACUCAAAUGUAUCAUCGAGCUCCAAGACCCGUCUCAGGGAGCUGCAAUCCGCAUCAUCUCCGGGCCUCCAAUGCUUCCUGAGUGGGAGACUUCUGAUAGAGUGGCACUGAUCGGAGAUGCCAUCCACGUUAUGGCUCCCUCCGGAGGCGUUGGAGUCGCAACUGCUCUGAAAGAUGCCUCGAUUUUGUCUGAUAAGCUAGCUCAAGGAGGCAUCUCGAAGAGUAGCAUUGGAGCUUAUGAAUCGGAGAUGAGAAUCUAUGCCGAGGCGAGCAUUCGCAGGAGCUUUGCUGGUGGGAAGUUGUUCUUUGGCCAACCUCCUUUUGAUCAAUGUAAAGAGGUGAGCUUUAAGGCAACAUCUGGCGAGGAAUAG